CUCCUACCAAAAGACAGAAGACGUCACACCGAAGGUCACAUUAACGGCAUGCUUGCUGCAGGAAAGUUUACCAUAUGAGCCACGACACCACCAACGACCCGUACUUGCCAGUUGUCCAACACUUCUACCAGUUUGGAACCCUCAUCUGAGCUAUUCCACUGUAGAGUGUCGCCGCGUGACUGACUCAUUGAAGACACUCAGAUGACUGCUGUCGUCAACGACGCUUGAUCCGGAGUUUGUUCCUCAUAAUCAAUAUGCCACCUGUGGUCAGUGAAACUUCAUAUGAAUGGAGUUAUUUGUGCUCCAAAGGUGAAAUAGCAACUUGCUUUGUCAUCAUUAGUCAUGGGGCCCGUUGUUGGGGUGUCACUCACGAUGAGUAAGCUUUGCUGAACAACAAAAGAGAGACGACGGGAUAGAUAAGUUACAAGAUUGUAGUUUCAUUGAGUCUGUAACGUUCUUAUCACUGAAAUAACUUGUUUCCUUUAGCUGUGUUGUAUUUCUAGAUUUACAUGCAGAAUCAUCUUUAAAAACUAUAGCUAGCUUCAGAUAGAAAGCAAAGGAAAUAAGAGUCAAGCCGCUGUGACUUACAUGUAAUUGUGCUAUUGGGUCAUUUUCUGUUCAUAGUGAUUGUGAAGUAGUAUACCCAGGCUAGUAAUGUCCAGGUAGAGGCAAGUACUCUCAACGCCAUGUUGUGCUCAGUUCACGGUCCACUAAACACACACACAAAAAAAACAAUGUGCAUGUAUUUCUCCAAAUGAGAUACUUCGGUCUAACUCUGUCUUAUCCUAACCCUAAUUCAUAUCCUACCAUCACAGCCAGAUUCUUACAAAAUACAAAGUAUUAACUUUUUAAAAACCAGGCAACUCUAAAAACAAUAUGUCUCAUCUACAAGGUAGUCUUGCACCUCUUCCAUUGAUGGACUUUGUUAAAGGCGAUGCAUUUUAGGCCCUUUUUAUUGAGUUGUGGACUCUUAUCAAGCAGCUACAAACGAUAACACGCACAUAAAGCUUUCUAGAUCUCCAGAAUCUGCACCUAAUCCAGCUGUAUUUUCUUGAAUUUCCAAAAUGGUCUGUAUUAAUUUAUUCCACCCAUGGCACGCCCACGGUGUUAUUGGUCACACUCCCAAGCGCUCCGACUACUACUGGACUACUGCCAAACCCCACUUUCUAAUUUUGUCUGUAUAGGAGUUGAUAAUAAAUGAUUGAGACCUUUGGGGAGUUACUUGAAAAGAGUGGCAACGUAGGCACCGCUGGUGCUCUGGUGGUCAGGAGAACCGAGAUAUUAGAAGCACUCAUUGUCGGACACACUUUGUCAAAGGCACUGCUGGAGCCGUGGAGCUCAGAGUGAGAAAGCUUACACUGACCAUUCUUAGUUUCUAUUCUUGUAUUGUCCCUUAAGAAGAUAUAUUACAAUGGGUGCUAAAAUGUGAGGGGUGUACUCACUUUUGUGAGAUAUUGUAUUUCUGUAAGCAAAAGAAGACAUGUAGAAGAUAAUUGGUGGUCUAUACCUUUAAUGUCAAAUCUGUUGAAGAUUCUGCCUACAUCUUUGGCAUGUUGACAGUGUUUGUUCAGGGUUUUUUUUGUGUGUGGGUCGGCGUUUGAGUGGAAAUAACUACCUUCUGUUGUGUCUAUUGACCUGACGUUUCAGAAGUUACAAUAUAUUUGUUUGGUGACCCCGGCUGUAAAAGUUGUGUUUGCGUGGUAUGUAAGCGGGAAAGGAUUUUAUUUGUCAUUGUCCACUGACUGCAGCCGUAAUACUAAGCAAGCCAGCACUCUUGUACUAUAGGCUAGUAAAGUGUGAUUGUAUGAUUCUGCCGCUGCUGUUGUUUUACAGAAAGUGUCUGACCACCUACUCCAAAAAAACAAAACAACAAAUUGCGUUGACAUUGGAUAGUUGUCAGGCUGUCCUGCGCUUCAAGAAGAUCUCUACCAUUCCAGUGUCAGGAGGCCAAUCUCCCUAAGACCUGGGUGUCACUGCCAGACAGUACUUGGAUGUCAGAGAGUACAAAAGGUCCCUGGAGCCAUCACAAAAACUUCAGGAUUUGAAAUCAUCAAAAAAAAAAACCCAAACUUCUUCUCUGCGGUUGUAUAACUGCAGUGGAUUUCCUUACUCAAGUCUUUUGGUGGUGCUGCGUUCGGGAGUUGAUUAACACUCAAGCAAUUUCGACACAGCUCACAUAACGCCCUGAGAAAGAGGAAAUAUACCCUUCUUGCACAUGAAACACGAGAGCACCAUGUUUUUUUUGUGGCCAAAGAAUAUGUAAAAUAAUACAGCCAGAUGGCCUUCUGAAUGGCACGUCGCCUUGCUCCGGCUGAACACUGGGAACAUUCUAGUACUCUGCUUUUGUGCACCAUGCUGAAAGUGUGCAUUCAUUCUCACAGGAGAACAUCAGCUGCAGCAGAGGGGCAGGUCUGAUACUCACUUUAUUUGCUCCUACCUCACAAGUCUCUACUUUUCCUUCAAAUGAACACCGAAAGAACAUUGUGUACUUUUUCUAAGGUCCCCAGUCCAGACAUGCUGAAAUGAAAACAUAUUUGAUAAGUGGAUGGCUGUGAGUGCAUGUUGCACAUGGGGGUCAUUUAUGUGAGACGUUGCAUUAGCAUGAGUGAUUUUAUUUCCUGUCUUUGCAGCUGGGGUGGUCCUUUAAGGUUGAAACUCUGCAGUCCGACUACCUUUUGCAGAGACGACCUGCAAGAUGUGUGAUGCAAUAAUGACAAGAUCUCACACUGCUCUGUAUGUUGACUGCCUCCUCCCCCACAGUGUGCCACUUGUCUCCUCCCUGAGGAUCUUCUGAAGAAGAUUUUGCCUGUGCUGGCUGGCAGGCUGCAUGUCAACUGGCAGAGACCCCAGAGUGUCACACAGAAAGGUCCACUGCAAGGCGGAAGAAAACAAGGAGCCAUUGGGGGGCUAAGCUGCACCCAAUGAGCGCGCUGCGCGGUGACGAUACAGCAGAGCAGUGCCGGUGCAGGACACGCCCCCAGCAUGGAAACAGUACACGCCCCCAGCAUGGAUACAGGCUGCAGGGACUGGCGGUCCGAGACGCACUCACUAUGCUGGAGAGAGUCUGAAGCAGCCAUGGGAAUUCAUACUUUCAACUUUAAAGAGUUGGCGCAGUAAACGAAGACUUUUGAGUUUUUUUAAAUCUCUAUUUCUAUGGCGACGUAUGCGCGUUUUUGACAGUGUCGUCUCUCACGCAGGAUGUUAUUCCUGAUGAAACUUGGAAAGCCGGGUAAGAAGACCGCAAAGUCUCUCUGAUGAGAACCACCUCCUUCUACCAGGCACACAAAGGGAACCACGGAGCAAGUUAUUUUCUUCCCGCACACCCACGCCAUUGUUUUCUUUUUGGAUGCCAUAGUGGGGGGGCUCUUUGAAAGACAUCAUGGAUCACUUUGCAGCGGAGUGCCUUGUCUCAAUGUCCAGCCGUGCGGUUGUCCACAACAGCGAGAUGAAGUCGGAGAACCCCUCACCUUCCUCCAGGAACCCAGAGGACAUGAAAGAACCUGUGGUGAAGGACAACUCGUCUUUGUACGUGGUGGCCAGGAUCCUGGCGGAUUUUAACCAGCAGACUCCCAACGAUGUGCAUGGCGAGCAGUCAAAAAGCAAGGAGGAGAACACGGCGAGCCUGGCGGAGGAUGGGAACUGUGCCACACCUACCACCAUCUCGGAUCCAUCGCUCAAACAAAGGGGCAAAAGAUCGAGAGGUCGCAGCGAGCCAGAGUCCCCCCAGAAAAAGCACAAAUGCCACUAUUCCGGUUGUGAAAAAGUUUAUGGCAAAUCGUCGCACCUCAAGGCGCACCUCAGGACGCACACAGGAGAGCGUCCGUUCCCUUGCACCUGGCCCGACUGCAGUAAGAAGUUCGCCCGUUCGGACGAGUUGGCCCGCCACUACCGCACCCACACGGGAGAAAAGAAAUUUGGCUGCCCGCUUUGCGACAAGCGCUUCAUGCGCAGCGAUCACCUGAUGAAGCACGCCCGCCGCCACUCAGAUUUCCAACCCGGCAUGCUCAAGAGGCCCCACAGCGGUGGAGUCGGUAUUAGCCACACCGCUCGUCCCAGCUCUCUCAGCGACUACAGCCGCUCGGAUGCCUCCAGCCCCACCCUCAGCCCCGCCCUCAGUCCCGCCAAUUCGCCUUAAACUGAAAAAAAGAAAAAAAAAAUCGCACUUUCAGCCUCCAAUGCGGCGGGUUUUUUUUUUUAUCAUAGUGACACUUCUGUCAGCAGCAACCCUCCUAUGCUCCACCCCCUUCUUUGCUAUCCCCGUGCUUGCUGUGGUAUACCAUACUGUACAGAACUGCUUAUUGUAGUGCAAUGACUUGUGUAAUCUUAUAAGAAGGUAAUGCCUUUCCCAGAUGGCAAUAUUUACAUUCUCUACCAUAUGUCUGUACUUCUCUUCUAGUCGAGGCUGUAGGCUGUCUUUGCAACAACAAAACACCAUUUCAAAGAAAACAACACAGCCCUGAUGAGUCUUAUCAAAAAUAUUUCAUUUUGUUUUUUAUUGUUUUGUUUUUUAAAAAAAAACGGGUGAAGACGAAGCAUACACACUCUUAAACAAACAAACACACACACACACACCUCAGGAUUAAAGACAGUUUCUCUAAUACCACAAUACUUCACAAACAGACUGCACAAUAUACUCAUCACUUUACUCCAAAGUUCAACCAGUGGUUGGAUUUUUGGCCCUGCUCAGGGAUGGCCUUGUUAGCUUGAACGAAUGGAGAGAAACAGUCAGUCCACCCUCAUAUACGUCUAGAAGUAUAUACGGUAUAUCAGCCUUACACUCAACACACUUUUGCACUCUUUGUUUUUGUCUGUAAAACAUCAUGUAUCAUCCAUCCGAGCAACAAUUGGUGUUUUUUAUUCUCAUUUCAAAGCAGCCGUUCAUGCAAAAAAAUUAACAUAAAAGGGAUCCCUCACAAGCACACUGGAACGAAACUACCAAGUCAAGAAUUUAACAAAAUGAGGCCUGGAGAUGAUGUUUGACCUGAAAACAUCCAGGAGUUCCUCCAGCAUGACACCCGUCUUGCUAUACGUGUCCUGUCAAGGCUGCGAGCGUGUCAGUGGAAGAUAUCUGCAACUUUCAGACGGGAGACAUCCUGUCCUGAUAGUAAAGAAAGAGGAGAGGUUUAUUUUAUCAUGACUUGAGCAGAGGAGGCUACACCCUAUUUUCCUGUUUAUGCAAAUGAUCCAAACUGGAGGCAGUAACAGAACCUCUUUUAUACCGAGAUGUAUAACAGGCACAGCAUCAAAUUCGAAUAUAACCGUGAGGCUAAACGCUAGCUUUCAGAGCUAAUGUGCUUCACUAGCAAACAACAGAGAAGGAGAUCAAUGAAGCAGAGUCAUCAAAGAAAAUGUUUCCUCAAAAAAUGUGUUAUGUAAUUUUGUAGGAUAUUGUUGCAUUGCAUUUCAUACAGAACAUGGACACUUCAGACAGGCUGUGUGAAAGGGACAUGUGCAGCAAAUGUGGAGUAUUCAACUUUAAAAAAAAAAACAGCUGCUUUCUAACUUCUCCAAGCAAAAACGAACAUAUCAGCCGGUUGUACCCCCCCCCCCACCCUACCCCCGUGAGAAAGUCCACUGGUGUUUCUACACAUUUCUCGAUAAGUCAGGCAAAAAAAAAAUACUUCAUGCAUCCAUCCACGUGAUCCCUUCACAUCCAUCCAGACUGUUGCCAUGGCCACUGCCAUGUCGUCCCCGCCUCGCCAUGUGCAUGUUAACAACUCUGGCAGGUGUAUGUCCAUGAAUUGGGGGCCUUGUCCCUUGAGAGACAAAAACAGCCCUUACUUAGACCCACACUUAAUAGACAAACCACUGAGGAGGGUGGGGGGGGGGACUUAAGUUGUGCAAGUGUGUAAUUUGUGCAUCCAAUGAAAAAAACUGAAGCAGGUUUGCAUGCUUUCGUAAUCCAUACUCGGCACAAAGACCUCAGGUUCCAUGUGAGUGUUUGUGGCAAACCUCUCACUGGUGUUAUUACUGCUGGUCAGUGAACACCCCCUCGAUAUAUACACACACACACACACACACAAACCCCUACAGGCCCACCCGCCUCCUCUGAUGUCUUGAAAACAUCCUGCCUCACAAUGUAGACUCCAUCUCCCCACCCAAGGCUGUUUUUUGUUUAUAGGUGUCCUGCCCCUUUAAGAAAGCCAUCCAUCCAUCCAUCCAUGUUCUCACUGUAAUGAAACUACUUGAACAAUUCAACGCAGAAGGCCAUUGAACACCUUGUUUUCUUUUCUUGAUGGGUAUUUUUUAAAUUUCAUCUUCAGGUCAUUUGUUGAUUUUAUUUGUAUUUUUUUCCAGCGUGAAUGCUGUUGAUGUCAGGGUUGACAGGCGUUCCCACCUGUUUUCCCAAAUUCUACUCGUGGAACGUUCUAAUUGUGAGUGAAAGUUAGAAAAUAAAAACUUCCUGACCUCUAUUUUAAAUUGAAUUUUAUUUUUUUGAAAAUUCCGGAAAAUGAGUCUGUAUGGUUAUGGCCUCACAGAUAGGAAACGCGAGUUUGAUUCCACUCUCAGCCAUCUCUGUGUGGAGUUUGCAUGUUCUCCCCGUGCAUGCGUGGGUUUUCUCCGGGUACUCCGAUUUCCUCCCACAUUCCAAAAACAUGCUAGGUUAAUUGGCGACUCCAAAUUGUCCAUAGGUAUGAAUGUGAGUGUGAAUGAUUGUUUGUCUAUAUGUGCCCUGUGAUUGGCUGGCGACCAGUCCAGGGUGUACCCCGCCUCUCGCCCCAAGACAGCUGGGAUAGGCUCCGGCACCCCCUCACCACCCUUGUGUGGAUAAGCGAUAGAAAAUGAAUGAACGAAUGAGUCUGUAUUUCAUCCUCCAAUCGGAGGGGAGUGCAUAUUACUGAGUUUUUUUUGUCUGGCAUAUAAAAAGUGUGUAUUUUUUCUGAUCAUACCUCUGAAACUUUUUUUUUUUUUUUUUGCUUUUUCCAAACACCCACGGUGUACAGUAGUUUGAUGAGUAGUAGCACAAAUAAUCUGUGGCUUAUUUGUUUCUACUUGAAUGACAAAAUGACAAAGAGAGUUUUUCUUUUUAAUCUGUAAAUAAAUCACUGGGUUGUGUUUUAUAUAUAUAAAAAAAAUAAAAAUCACACCAUGUUGUCAGAGUCCUUCACAAAAAUAUUGUGAUUAUGAUUGUGAUGGUUGAAACAUGCAAGGGUGAUGUCAGCAUCGAUGAACUAACUGGUUAUUAUUAUUAUUUCCCCCCCUUAAAAAAAGGACUUGAACCUGAAAGGUUCCUGUUUGCAUUGCUUCAUUUUUGUACUGGCUAUUAAAUUGAACUGACUGAUGCCUCGUGGUGUUCAAACAUGAAAUGACGCAUUUGGAAUAUUCAUGUCAAAAAGUACAGGGUUUGAUGGAUGCAACUGUGUGCCAAAACUCUGCAGACAAACAUACAAGUGAUAAGAGUAAAUAUCACACAUUGUACAGUUUUUGUGUGUGUUGUGUACAGGAUUUGUUGUGCAUAUUUGAUAUGCUAGGUGAACUAUUCUCUGCUUUUUCGUUGUGUUGCUUCUUUU